GUGUGUGUGUGAAUUGCAUAAAUUUACAUUACAUGCAGACAUAAUGAGUAUGAAGGCAACAAAUCUCAAGGCACAUAGGUGGGCGCCAACACUUAAAGCAUAUGCAAGCAAAAAGCUUGUUCCCUUUUACACGUCUUUUUCCUUCUGCGGAAUAGAUAAUAUAGGUAGCUUGGUAGAUUUUGUACUUUUUCAACUUAGACUCGAUUUCCCUUGCUAUAAAGCAGAGUAUAAACGACACACAACAACCAUGUGGGAUAUGAAAUGGAAAGCUUUGUUUAUAUGUCGUGCAAGUUCCUGAUUCUGAUGUCGAAAAUUAUCCACACCCAAAUCGCAAUUUCCGGAUUCAUAAAAGAGACAAGGAGCCAAUGAUGUUUUUGUAUUGUUGGUUCCAUAAAAGACUGAGAAACAAAAAUCUUUUGUGAUUUUUGUGAAAUCUGAAAAUAUACUAGCUAGUGAAAUCACCAUUAUACUUGGGGGAGGAUAAAUCCAAAAUGCCAAGGAACAAAGCUAUAGGAUAAUUCCAACGGGUUGGCUUAUGCAUAGGCAUAGGUGAGAGAGCUAUGUGCCAAAUUGAAGUUUUUGGACCAAUUGCUUCCCAUAUUAUUCCUAGUUAAAAUUUUGAAGUAGAUAGGUACGAGUGAUUUCAAGUCAUGGAUGAUAAGAUUGGGAACAUCUUUUGCCAUAUCUGAAAUGAUUACUGUUUUCGGGGAACACUCAAGUGCCCCUCCACUAUACCAAAUGGUGCAUUUUUAGUUUUACAAAAACAAAACAAAAAAGGCCACCCAAAAAAAAGCAAGCCAUAAGUCUCUCUCAUCUCUGCAUUUGCUUUAAAUUUGGUCGUGCAUGAGCCAAAGUGGAGGAGAGCUAGGAUCAGAAGAGAUGGGAAGUUCUUAUGAGGUUGCAAGAAAUGCUAAGGGUGUUUCACUUCAAGAACUCAGAGAUAGGCUUGCUGAGUUUGCUCAAGUAAGAGGAUGGGAUCAAUAUCACAGUCCAAGGAACCUCCUUCUAGCCCUGGUGGGAGAGGUUGGAGAAUUGUCUGAAAUUUUCCAAUGGAAGGGAGAAGUUGCAAGAGGACUUCCUAAUUGGACUUGUGAUGAGAAAGAGCAUUUGGAAGAGGAGCUCUCUGACGUCUUGCUUUAUCUGAUUCAACUUGCUGAUGUUUGUGGACUUGAUCUUGGAAAAGCUGCACUCUCCAAAAUUGUCAAGAAUGCUAGGAAAUACCCUGUUACCAAUCAAACACCAAACUCCACCAACUAGCUGUCAGCAAACAGCCUUAAAUUUUCCUUGUGUUUUUAUGUGUCUUGUUGUAAGUCUUGCUACAGCUUUAUCCUUGUGCUGCUGAUCAUGUCAACUAUGAGCAAAGUUUUGUUCAGAGAAACAUCUAUUUUCCAAUGCUUCUAAAUAAUAUCAUCUUUCGCUGUUGUUGAUAA